ACUCUCAGGUCUGGAGGCCAUCAGUUGACUUACGAUGAUGCUGAUGAUGAGAAUGAGGCAGUGCUGAAUAGAUCAUCAUGUAUGGGCAAGAGGGCACUGGUAAAAUCAGGCAUUCUUGGUGACCACCAGAAAUUUCGCAUCACUCUUAAAUGCUUCGUUCGUGCCGUAGCAAUUGCUUCUCUCCAUCCCAUUCGCUAG